GGGCGGGGCCUUACCUCAGAUCGGGGCAACGAGUCUAGUCUUCGGUGAGACUGAGGGGGAGUGAGGAGUGAAACGGACAGGGAUUGCUCUCGGAAUCUACAUGCAAGGUGAUCUCCGGGUCUGCGGGCGUUCUUCAGUCACCAUGAAUGAUUAGGAACUCAGCUCUCCAAGGGAUAUAAUGGUUUGUUUUGUAAUAUCUCUACACUACCACCUGACAUGUGACUCCAGCUGCCUGUGAAGGAUCUGUCAGCUGUUUAUGGAAACCAUUUGUGUAUUUGCACUCUUGAGGAUUUAAAAUUAUAUUUUUUUUGGUUAUUUUUUUAAGGACAACAAUUUUCUAUUUUAGCCCCACUGUCGGGUAAAAGCAGCAGCGCUUUGCAAAAGACUAGGGGUGGCAGCAGGAAGCAAGGCAAUGGCAAACAACUCGUACAGUGGGGUGAAGAACUCCCUGGUGGAGGCCAACCACGAUGGGGACUUUGGCUGCACACUCAAAGAACUGCGCUCCUUAAUGGAGCUACGAGGCGCUGAGGCGAUAACCAAAAUUAGUGAAACCUACGGAGAUACUCAAGGACUCUGCAACCGUUUAAAAACAUCACCUAUAGACGGUCUAAGUGGACAGCCAGCUGAUAUUGAGAAGCGAAAAACUGUGUUUGGAGAAAAUCUAAUCCCACCCAAAAAAUCCAAAACUUUCUUACAAUUAGUGUGGGAGGCACUACAGGAUGUCACAUUAAUUAUUCUUGAAGUGGCAGCCAUAGUUUCACUAGGCCUUUCUUUUUAUAGACCACCAGAUGCUGAAAGAGAACAUUGUGGAAGAGCUGCUGGUGGUGGAGAUGAUGAAGGGGAGUCUGAGGCAGGCUGGAUAGAGGGUGCUGCCAUUCUUCUUUCAGUUAUCUGUGUUGUGUUGGUGACAGCAUUUAAUGACUGGAGUAAAGACAAGCAGUUUAGAGGCCUCCAAAGCCGAAUUGAGCAGGAGCAGAAAUUUACUGUUGUCCGAGCAGGACAAGUUAUCCAAAUUCCCGUGGCUGAGAUUGUGGUAGGCGAUGUUGCACAAGUAAAAUAUGGUGACCUCUUACCUGCGGAUGGAGUCCUUGUACAAGGCAAUGAUCUUAAAAUCGAUGAAAGCUCACUCACAGGAGAGUCGGACCAUGUGAAGAAAACACUAGAAAAAGAUCCAAUGAUGUUAUCAGGCACUCAUGUAAUGGAAGGCUCAGGAAAAAUGGUGGUGACUGCUGUGGGGGUCAACUCUCAAACUGGAAUUAUCUUCUGUCUACUCGGGGCUGCCGAAGACGACGAUGAAGAUGAAGAGGAAAAGAAGAAGGAAAAGGAGGAGAAGAAAAAACAGCGAAAAACAAAAGCACAGGAUGGUGCAGCUAUGGAGAUGCAGCCUCUCAACAGCGACGAAGCAACUGAUGCAGAGGAGAAGAAAAAAGCCAACUUGCCAAAGAAAGAAAAGUCUGUUCUCCAAGGCAAACUAACCAAACUAGCUGUGCAAAUUGGGAAAGCAGGGCUGCUUAUGUCAGCCGUCACUGUCAUUAUCCUGGUGGUGAUGUUUGUAAUAGACACAUUCUGGAUCCAGGACCUGCCUUGGGUCAAGGACUGCACGCCCAUUUACAUCCAGUUCUUUGUGAAAUUCUUUAUCAUUGGUGUGACCGUCCUGGUGGUGGCUGUUCCUGAAGGCCUGCCGCUUGCCGUAACCAUCUCUCUGGCUUACUCUGUGAAGAAAAUGAUGAAGGACAACAACCUUGUGAGACAUUUGGAUGCCUGUGAGACGAUGGGAAACGCUACAGCUAUUUGCUCUGAUAAGACGGGAACCCUCACCAUGAACCGCAUGACUGUGGUCCAGGUCUUCAUCGCUGAAAAGCACCACAGGAAAGUCCCAGAACCAGAAAGCAUCCCUUCCUCUACUUUAGACACGCUGAUUGUUGGAAUAGCUGUUAAUUGCGCCUACACUACUAAUAUCAUGCCUCCAGAAAAAGAAGGGGGUCUGCCUCGUCAGCUGGGCAACAAAACAGAGUGUGCCUUGCUUGGCUUCUCUAAUGAUUUGAAACGAGACUAUCACGCCAUCCGCAGUGAAAUCCCUGAAGAGAAGCUCUACAAAGUCUACACGUUCAACUCUGUUCGCAAAUCUAUGAGCACCGUGUUGAAGAUGGCCGACGGCAGCUUCCGGAUGUUCAGCAAAGGAGCCUCAGAAAUUCUCCUUAAAAAGUGCUACAAAAUUCUUACUGCAAAUGGUGAGCCAAAGAUCUUCCGCCCGAGGGAUAGAGAUGACAUGGUGAAGAAGGUCAUUGAGCCCAUGGCUUCAGAAGGCCUGAGGACCAUCUGCCUUGCAUACAGAGAUUUUCCUGCCUCUGAUGGUGAACCUGAAUGGGACAAUGAAAACGAUAUUCUCACUGGAUUAACAUGCAUCUGCGUGGUGGGCAUCGAGGACCCUGUGAGACCAGAGGUCCCGGAAGCUAUCAGGAAAUGCCAGCGUGCUGGCAUCACAGUGCGGAUGGUGACUGGGGAUAACAUUAACACAGCGCGUGCCAUCGCCUCCAAGUGUGGUAUCUUACUUCCUGGAGAUGACUUCCUUUGCCUGGAGGGAAAAGAAUUUAACCGCAGAAUACGCAAUGAAAGAGGAGAGAUUGAACAAGAACGCAUUGACAGAAUCUGGCCGAGACUACGAGUUCUGGCUCGGUCUUCUCCCACAGACAAACACACAUUGGUUAAAGGAAUUAUUGACAGCACAAUAGCAGAACAGAGGCAGGUAGUCGCAGUGACGGGGGACGGUACGAAUGAUGGCCCUGCCUUAAAGAAAGCUGAUGUUGGUUUUGCCAUGGGUAUCGCUGGGACAGACGUUGCAAAGGAAGCUUCAGACAUUAUUCUGACGGAUGAUAAUUUUUCCAGCAUCGUUAAAGCCGUGAUGUGGGGCAGGAAUGUGUAUGAUUCCAUCUCCAAGUUCCUUCAGUUUCAGUUAACUGUUAACGUUGUGGCGGUCAUUGUAGCAUUUACAGGAGCGUGCAUCACACAGGACUCCCCUCUAAAAGCGGUUCAGAUGUUAUGGGUAAACCUGAUUAUGGACACAUUUGCAUCGCUGGCUCUGGCCACAGAGCCCCCAACAGAAUCCUUACUGCUGAGGAAGCCGUAUGGCCGAAACAAGCCUCUAAUAUCCCGCACCAUGAUGAAGAACAUUCUCGGGCAGGCCGUGUACCAGCUCGUUAUCAUUUUUACUCUGCUUUUUGCUGGAGAGAAGUUGUUUGACAUCGACAGUGGCAGAAAUGCACCUCUCCAUGCUCCACCCUCUGAACACUACACAGUUGUUUUCAAUACCUUUGUUUUGAUGCAACUUUUUAAUGAAAUCAACGCCCGAAAAAUACAUGGAGAACGGAACGUCUUUGAGGGCGUUUUCAACAACCCCAUCUUUUGUACUAUUGUCUUUGGCACAUUUAUUGUUCAGAUAGUUAUAGUGCAAUUUGGAGGGAAGCCAUUCAGCUGUGUGGGGCUCAACAUUGAACAAUGGCUGUGGUGCACUUUCCUAGGAUUUGGCUCCUUGCUAUGGGGACAGGUUAUCUCCUCCGUACCCACCAGUCGCUUAAAAUUCCUGAAAACUGCCGGCCACGGCACCCAGAAAGACGAGAUACCAGAUGAUGAACUGGAGGAGCUGGAGGAUGUGGAUGAGAUCGACCAUGCUGAGCGAGAGCUUCGCCGAGGCCAAAUCCUCUGGUUCAGAGGCCUCAAUCGGAUCCAAACUCAGAUGGAUGUUGUGAGUGCGUUCCAGAGUGGAACUUCCUUUCAGGGGGCUCUAAGGCGGCAGGCCUCCAACUCCAGCCAACAGCAGCACGAUAUCCGAGUGGUGAAGGCAUUCCGCAGCUCCAUCUCCCUCUAUGAGGGGCUGGAGAAGCCCGAGUCGCGAUCGUCAAUUCACAACUUCAUGACCCAUCCCGAGUUCCGGAUAGAGGACUCGGAGCCUCAUAUUCCCCUCAUUGAUGACACCGACGCGGAGGACGACGCUCCCACCAAGCGUAAUUCUGCCAGCCCACGCAAUACCACACCCACUCCGCCUUCUCCCUCGCCUUCACCCACACCCGCCACCACCGUGGCCCCCAGCACGCCGGUCUCUCCCUCACCCAACCAGAACAAUAACGCUGUAGAAAGCGGCAACCACCUCUUCCCAGAGGGCCCCAAAUCAGGAACCCUGUCAGCCCCUGGGAGCCCACUACACAGCCUGGAAACCUCCCUUUGAUCUGACCCGGCUCCACACGGCUGCACCUUCUUACCCACCACCAAUGAGCUCCACUCAAACGGCCGGUCGCUUGGAGAGGAGAGACAAAGGUCUAAACAGAGAGGGGAGUCUUGUGUGAGCUUGGCUUGGGCUGGACUGAAAGGACAGCAGACAUUCAGAGGAAUGUACGGCUUGGUGUGGAUUCUUUGAUUUUUAUCUUUUUCUCUGUUGGUUCUUGUUAAUACCCUGCUGCAACUCAAGGACUUGGUCUUCGUCCCACCAUCCUUGGUAACUUUUUUUUUUUUUCCUGGGGUUGCAAGCGGUGAUUAUAAACUCAGAUUGAAAGUGACCUGUUUUUAUUGCUCUAAUGUUAUUGCUGUUAUUUGAAUUGAGAAGGUGAGGUCCUCCUCUGGCCGCGAGGUCAUGUUGUGAGACAGAACUUUUAGCUUAUCUUUUAUCUGAAGGGUGGUGUAUAUUUAUUUGGUUGGCCCUUCUCAUUCAAAACCUAUUUCUGCUUUAUUGGCUGUUAAUAAUUGAGUUAUUUAUGUUUUUGAAAGAAAUAAACAGGUCUGUUUACAAAGUUUGUAGAUAGUUAUUUUUUUCUGUUUGUAGGCAAAAGAGCUUCCUGAUGUAUAAUAAAAAAAAAAAAACUGGGACAGUAUGAACAUUAUUGAGAGGAUUAUUUCAGAUACUGCUGUAUUUUCAGGAAAAAAGGGUGUUUCUAUUGAAACCUAACUAUUUUUGCCUGCAAGUUUUGUUAUAUAUUUGUCAAUAUAGAACCUUCUAGCCAAACCGAUGAACAUAAAGGCUUGUAUAGUAAAAAGAGGUCCAAGGGUUACGAGGUGUUUUCACAGGAGACUCGGCUGGGAAGACGACGGCCUCUCUCCACUGACAUCACUAUAAAUAUUCUUCCAUUUCUUUAAUAGUUUUCAUGUGCACAAAAUGUUCUGAAUUCUCUUUUCAUUCAUUUUGUUGUGUUUGAGAAAUUUCACGUGUUAAAAGGUUCAUUAUUUUAAAAGGGAUUUUAGGAACCAUCUGGGCCUGUACUUAACAAGCAUCUCACUCAGAAUCCAGCAGGAAGUCAGGAGGUCCGCACACCAACACCUGCUAGAUCUGCUGACAGGUUCUCUUUUUAGAUCUGUGGAAAUAUGAGGCUUAAAAACAUCUUUGUAGUCACAGUUGAAUCCAUUAGUGAAGCAGUUGCUUUAUGGCUGAAAUCUUACAGGCUUACUUUUUGUAAUGACUUUAGUUCAACUUGGCACUGAGCCACUGAAUCAGUUUUUCAGUGAGAUGAUCACACAAACUAAUAUGAAUGUGCCUUGGCUACAACAUGGAUUGAAACAAUCCUGAUCUCAUCAUUCACCACCUUCAGGAAACUCCUCACAGAGAAAGCAUUUGUUUCAACAGCUAAAAGCAGGACCAAAACAAAAACACACUUGUUUCAAAUAUUUUGGGUGAGGCAGGACAAAUCUCCUCCCUUUGGAUGCUUGAUAACUAUGGAUCCUGGUAACCAUUGCUUUUAUUUAAUUUUUUUUUAAUGAGCAAACUAUUAGUGCCCUGCCAAUGUGCAAUACUGACAUACAUUUACUCAGGCAUAAAAAUAAAAAUCUGUAAAAUUAUUUGUGUAUUUAGGGAGCAAAAUGUUGCCAGGCAAAAACAAUAUCCGUCAUCCAUUUUAAGAUCGUACUCUAAAGAAAGUUUAAGUACUUUUUCAGCUUUUUUUAAACUAUUAAAAGUAAAUUACUUUUGUGUUUUCUUCUUAAGCCUGUCCAUAAGACUCAUUUCACUCAUAUUAAAUGUUUCUGCAUUUGGUUUGUUUGUAAAAUAGUUUUGAAACCUGAUGUACUGGAAACGCUAAAGAUUGGACAUGUGCAUUUUUCAGAAGAAGAAAUACUAGGCAUACACUGGUAUCUAUCUGCACAGGGUACUUUAUACAUGCUGUACUGUGUUUAUAGUUUUCAAUAAAAGUUGUCACUGGACUAUGGUAUUAAUUAUU